AUGUGUGCAUUAUAUCCUUUUCUUCCAAAUUGGAACUGGCCUUUAGCCGAUCCUAUAGGCCAUGAAGACAACUAUGUCAAUUACUACAGAGAUGAUCAGGGAACUCUAGAUUCAGUCCUCCAUUUUCCCCUGUCUUCCCCGAAUGUGUUCGAGCCCAAGCAUUCUCCAUCUUUCACCACAAAUAACGUUACCAGUAGUGACAGCAAUGGUGGUGUCGGAGCUAGAAAAAGCAUCGCUAAAAAGCUUGACCACAACGCAAGCGAGCGUGAUCGUCGCAGGAAACUUAACACACUGUUUUCUUCUCUCCGUUCACUUCUCCCCACAUCUGAUCACAACAAAAAAUUAAGUAUUCCAGCGACAGUUUCACUCGUUGUGAAAUAUAUUCCCGAAUUGAAGAAAGAAAUGGAGAAGCUGGGCAAAAAGAAGGAAGAGCUUUCAAGAAUAAUUCAAAGGCAAAACAAGAUUGAUGAAGAAACUAAAAAAUCAGAUCAUGGUGAUCAUGAUCAGGGCAGGAUAAUCAACGGCUCAAAACCCUUGGUUUCAGCUAGUUGGGUAAACGAUAAAGAAGUUACAGUACAGAUUUCAACACUCCAUGAGACUCCAUUGUCAAGUAUCUUGCUUUCUUUGGAGGAGGAAUUUGGUCUUCUUCUACUGACUGCUUCUUCUUACCAGUCUUUUGGAGGAAGACUCUUCUGCAACUUACAUCUUGAGAUGGAUAGAAGUUACAAAUUGGAAAGUGAAGUUUUAAGCCAGAAGCUUUUGUCAAUGUACCAGAAGAAUGAAAAUCAAACUAGUAAUUAA